AUGGAAGAUAACGAAACAUUUUUAAAGCGGUCACAAUCUGAAACAAGUAUUGAUACCAAUCGACAUAGAAGUAAUUCAGAGACUACAACUCAUGGUAGAAAAAAAGUUGCAUGUGUAGAAUGCAGACAACAAAAAUCUAAAUGUGAUGCAUAUGAUCGUGCACCAGAACCUUGUACUAGAUGUAUGAAACGAGGGUUAACUUGUGUUCUUCAACGUGAUUUUAGAAGAACGUACAAGAGAGCUAGAAAUCAAGCUAUUGAACAAAAAUUAAAAGAAUUGACUGAAUCUUUAACAAGUGUAGAAUCUCAAGAGAUGUUGAAAAAAUUAAAAGAAGAACAAAUAAAAUUUUUAGAUGAUUCUAAUUUUACCAAGGAUAAAAUAAAGAAGAAUGGAAGCACAUCUGCAGGUACCACCCCAAAUCCACAAGAUUUCGGUAUUGAUAAACUUGAUGACAAUUUAUCAACGAAAAAGACUUCUAUUACAUCGCCACCGCCACCACUGCAGUCAUCAUUACUAUCAUCGUCACAACCACGACAUUCAAAUAAUACCAAAUCUAGUUAUGAUCCUAAACGUUGUAAAUUAAAUGAAACUGUAGUAUAUAUGACUGAAGAACAACUUCAAUGUAGUCCAAAAUCCUUAUCUGAUAUUACCAUUGAAAGUCAAGAGAUUCAUGAUUUAUUUGAAGAAUAUGCACUUAAAUAUCAUCCAUUUAUACCCGUGGUUAAUCUUAAUCGUAAAGUGGAAGACAUUUAUUCACUUUCUCCAUCAUUAUUCUGGGUAAUCAUAUUAAUUGGAUUAAGACGAAAACCUGACCCAAGAAAGAUUAAAACGAGACUUGCAUCUUUAGUUAAAUCUAUUUUAGCUGAAAUAACGAUAUCACCUAUUAUACGGUAUAACCCAACUAUUGAUGAUGAACCUAUUUUAAACGUAGCAUCUGUUUAUUCGGUACAAGCUUUUUUAUUAUAUACAUAUUGGCCACCGUUAACUUCAUCACUAAGUGCAGAUACCUCUUGGAAUACCAUUGGUACUGCUAUGUUUCAAGCAUUAAGAGUUGGAUUAAAUUCAGCAAAUUUUUCUAAAGAAUAUGGUACAUUAAAUGAAUCAUUAACUUAUGAAAAAGUGAAAACAUGGAUUACAUGUAAUAUAGUAUCACAAACUAUUGCCUCAUCAUUUGGGUUCCCGGCAUAUGUAUCUUUUGAUUAUUCAGUGAUUGGAUCUACAAAAUUGAAUCAAGACGAUAACAUUAUUGGAGAUAAUAAGAUUCCAUCAUGUCUUCGACAAAUGGCUCAAAUAGCAUAUUUUGAAAAUCAAAUUGUCAAGACGAUGAAUUCCAAUCUUAGUAAUGAGAUUGGGUUAGUUGAUAUUGAAGAAUCUCAACCUUUAUUAUUAGUAUUAACAGAACAAUUGGAUCAAUUGGAUGUAAAAUUGAAACGAAAUAAUAUUGAUGAUAUUCGUAAAUUUUUAUUAUUGGUGUCUAAAGUUCAUCUAUUAACUUAUCAUUUUACUGGUUCUAAAGAACAACAAAUAAUGUUGGAAGAGAUUAAGACUAGUGCAAGUUCAUUUGAAUUUGAAAGGAAGCGUGGGUUAGUUCGUGUCUAUAACGCAGCAGUAGAGUUAUUAACUCAUACAAAUCAAAUGUGGAAAAAAGAUCCUACUAUAGUGAAAUAUUUUCCUGGGGUAUUUGUAUUACAUAUUUGGCAAACUGCAUGUAUUAUAUGUAAAUUACUUCAUUCGUCUAUUUCUCAUAUCUUGGAUGAACAAAGAGGGAAGUAUGCAUAUCAAAAGGCCAUUCUAAUAUCAUAUAAUGCAUCUGCUAUUAAGCAUGAUAUGGCUUUUAGAGCUUCAGGGAUCAUGAGAAGUACAUGGAGUUUAUUUGAAAAUUUAUAUGAUGAUUGGAAAUUGAGUAGGAAACAGCGUAAGGAUGAACCUUUGGGGGAUUUCAAUUUGGAUUUGAUUGUUAAUUCAAGAAUGUCAGUGAGUGUAUUUUUCGAUUCCCUGUAUAUAUUGAGGAAGAAAUGUGGUAUGGCUAAAUUAAAACGGAACAUCAAAGGUCCUAUUGAAUAUGAAGCAGAUGAAGAAGAUGAUAUUGAAAAAGCCAAGAAAAAAAUAUUGGAUGUACGGCAUCCUGAGAAAAAGGCUAGACAAAUCAUUGAGACUAUACCAUUGGAUCCUAAUCCUAUCAGUGCUAGUGAAAAGGGUACAAAUAGUAGUGCUGACACCACUAGUAAUAAUAGUACUGGCACAGUAAGUAAUUUCCCUACACCGGGAAGUCAAGUCAAAUUACAUACUGAAAAUACUGCAACAAUGGAUAAUUUACUUUCCAAGACCACGCCUAUGGUGGUCAAUAAUAAAGAUAUGCUAUUACCAAACGCACGUAAUUCAGCUACUACUUCACCAGCUAUAUUAAAUUCACUCGCUAAUUUAGCAGAUACAUUAUCUACUACUUUGAAUCCUAAUUUACCACCAUUAGCAGAAUUACACCCUGGGUUAGUCAAAGAAACUUCCACUUUCACCUCUAGCCCCUCGAUCCCACAUAAUUCAGAAUUGGGUCAUACACCGGUUGUUCCUGUUCCUGGGGAAAACGAUUUCAGAACUGCGCAAGCAUUUGUACCUGAAAUUACAACUAUGAGUUAUUUACCAGAUUCUGUAUCACAACAUAGUAACGAUUCACCUAAUUCGUUUAUGAAGACGUGGGAUAAUUGGGAAUCUGAGAUGGUAUGGAAGGAUGUGGAUCUCUUGAUGAACGAGUUUGCCUUUAACCCUAAUUCAUGA